CUAAGUUAACAUUAAUUUGUAUUUGUUUUGUAAAUAAAACAGGUCUUACAGGUUCUGAGCUUUAAAAUAAAAAAUGGCGAUAUGCUAAUAAACUUUAUGUUUAUAGUAUUUGUAAAAGAUGAACAAUGAAAUGACAGAUGUCAACAUCAAAUGGAAAGUCAGCAUGGCUGUCAGCAGUAAUGACGUCAAAAAUUUGAACCAACCAAUGAUCACAAUGAUGAUAGUGACUACUGACAAAGCUGGAAAUAAAAAUCAUCUUCCUAUAGAAAUGACCACAUCUAAAUUUAAGGAGUUUUUUCGCACAGUAGCACAAAUUAAUACACAGAUGGACAAUGCCAAAAUUUUGUGACAAGAAAGGAUAAAUUGCAUUUGUGACUUUUUUUUUAUCACCGGAAUCUAUAAAUUUAUUAUAUUUAGUAGGUCAUUGAGUGAUGUCACUAUGUUGUCAGCUAUCCCAUUUUGUUUUAUAGACAAUGAACAAAUGUAACUUAUGGUCUAUUAUCACAUUUACUUGAAGGUACAAAUCUAAUUGAAGAUAGCUACUUUUAUAGGAUAAUGUGUUCAGCAUAACCAGGCACACUUUAUAGAUCUAUUGCUUAAAAGCAUUUUUGGUAUACAAGAAAAAAGCUGUGUGUAUGCAUAUGUUGCUUUGUUUGAGGAUGCUUGGUUUGUCAAUUUUAACUAAAUGGUUUUCAAUAUUCUUUGAAUACAAUGGUUUCUAAAUAAACAAUUUUUUUGUUGAUUUUUCACAA